AGAAAUUUUUGUGGUUUUCACCACUUCACACUUCACUAUACUUUCUAUUCAAGCAAGUUUCGUGUAAUUUUGCAGAAGAACGACCAUGGAUUUUUCAGAUGUUGUUAGAAAUUUAAGAAAUGUAUAUGAACAUGAAAGACGACAGAAGAAAGUCCGUAAUUAUUUUCGAGAUGGUCACCAUAAUUUUCAGCCUGAAGAUCGUAAGGUUGUGGUCAACUGGAUGAUAUCAUGUGUAGAUUAUUACUACGGUCUUAUGGAUAUCUUACACCUAUCAGUUACAUUAUUUGACUUAUUCUUGUCUUCUGAAAAGUCACCGCUGUUUUCACGCGAAAAACUGCAAUGUGUUGGAGCUAUAUGUAUUAAAAUUGCUUUUGACACAAUAUAUAAUGCUAAAACAGAUGAGGGUUUUGCAAUUGUUGCUAUGACAUCCAGAGUCGACCCAGAGUCUUCUAUAGAUGAGCUUCGUAGAAUAUAUAUUUUGGUUAUUAACCGUUUCAGAGGUAAAACGUUUUUUGUUACUCCUUAUGUCUUUCUUUCGUAUUACCAUAUUAUUCUCAAAUUGGAACCCCAUCACGAUUUGUAUAGUAUGACCAACUAUGUAUUGGAACUAGCGCUAUAUGAUGACUUUCUUAGCGUAAAAUGUUACUAUAAACCAAGUCUUGUAGCGGCAACCGCUCUUUAUACGGGGAUAAUUGCACUUGGCUUCCACACCAGAUGGUUUGAUGACUUGUCAGUUCUGACAGGGUAUAAUGGAGAGGAGAUAGACAUAAAUGAUGUUCAUGAACGCAUGAAAUUCUUAUUAAAAACAGCUUACCUUGAACCAAAGAUACAUUCAACACAGGCACGUUACUAUUUGCAAGAGAACAACUAUAUGAGCACUUUUGACUAUUCGCACCUUCGUUAUCAUGGUAAUUAAUUAAAGUUUAAAAGUCUUGUGGGUUCUCUUC